ACAUAGUCUACCAUUUUCUUCUUUUGUUUUCAAUCUUUCAAACUACAAGUUCACGUCUCCAUUUGUUAAAGCACACAAAACAUCUCUCAAAUUCCUUCCAGGGUUUUGCAGCAAUCAUCUUCUUCCGAAGUGGGUAACCUUUUACUAAACAGAUCUACCUGUCAUCAAGCCUAAAAAUCAGACUUUUGAGCCCUCUUCAAAAGUUCAAAGUUCACGUUCAUAUCCUCCUGCCAGCGUUGCAUAAAAGAUCGAUCAUGGAGUUCUGGGUGGUUGCAGCAGCUACUGGUGCAGGUUACGUGGCCAAGCAUUGGCAGAAUUUAUCAGGGGAGAAAGAUGGCUCAUCAAAGCAGUCACAAUCUUUGCCAUCACCACGCCUGCAACAAGACGCACGCCAAGUGUUCGACAAAAUACCUGACCCAGUUUUCCCAUUGCCAAAGUUAGCAAAAAGAUGCUUGUUAGACAGAGAUGUUGAUCACGUUUCCGGUUCAACUUCAACCUUUAUCGAGAAACAAGUAGAUCAAGAUCACACAACUGAAAUCGAUGGAAAACAAGAGUACUUAGACACAUCUUCUAACAAUCGUUUACACAAAUUCAAAACCAAGAACAUGAACAGCAAACCAUUCACGAGUCUAAGGCCCUUAGUGGUAACUGGUAACAACAAAGAUUUAAAAGAUCAUAAGGUCGUGUUCAUGGAAGAAAAAGAAAAUGGCAAUGGUGCAUGUAUAGACGGCUCACCAUUCUUGGAACAACCAAUUGGAUCAAUGAAGCUUCCAAGAAGACAAAACGAAAAUUUUGACAUGGUGUUGUUGUUUGUAGGUAUUACAAUGGGGAUACUAUCGGGUACUUUUACUAAUAAAAAAGAAAUCGAGCAUCUAAAUGAUUUGCUAGAACAAGCUGAGAAUAUGGUUAAAGAUUUACACUCUAAACUUGAAAUAAAAGAUGGAUUUAACACAAAGAAGCUUGAAAUCGAGCCAGAUGGAACUGCAAUUGAUAGUCCAAAAGGGGAAAAGUUUGAGUUAACCAGUGACAUUGAGGCAGAACUUGAGGCUGAGCUUGAGAGGUUGGAAGAAAAUAUGAAGAGUUGCACAAUGCAAAGAUUGUCUAAUGUUGUUGAGAUUGAUUCAGACUUUGAAGCAGACAUGGCUAGAGGAGAUCUGAACCUAGAUACAGUCAACUGGCAACUCGAUAGUCAAUCCGAAUCAGACCCCAGGGGCAAAACUGGAAAAAGUAGCAAAAGUGAAAACACCAACCGCGUUUUCACUCCAAACUACGCAGUUUCAUCAAUAGACUUACAAUUACGCCUUCAUGAAGUAAUCGAAUCCAACCUCGAAGCACGUAUCAAGGAACUCGAGUCACUUCUCAAAAAUCAAAAUACCCAAAAUACCCCUCGUUCACAUUCACCAUGCCCACAAGAAGAAAACUCUUUCUGGGACUUCGACCACACCAGAAUCGAAUCUUUUUCAUCAACCCCUUAA